ACACUAUUGCUUUUGUCCACAGAGCCGAGGCACAGCUAACUCAACGCAAACAAAUCAAACGCCACGCACCUCUCGCUCUCCCACUGAAGUUGUGUGUGCCACCGCACCGUGUCGUUCCCUCUCCUUGCAACGGCCCACGACCAGCCGCCAUACGCAGCAUACAUGGACUUCCACCACGGAGACGCCGACGACUUCGCCCUCGAGUUCAUCCGCGAGCACCUUCUCGGCGUCGACGGCGCCACCGCCACGGCCACCGAGCCGGCGGACCUCGAGGUCGUCGAACCGGCGGCGGCGUACCCGCCUAUGUCGUGGCAAGAGCAGCGGCAGCAGGAGCAGCAUGGUUGUCACGUAGAACUAACGGACGAGCACCUGGAAUCCGCACCCGCUGCUGAGGCAGCGGCGGCGUUCCGAACGGCGCCCGCGCAGCCGGCGGCCGAGGUGAUGAUCAAGUUCGGUGGCGAGCCCUCCCCGGUGAGGCCGUCGUCGUCGCUGACCAUAUCCCUGCCACCGAGCUCGUUCGGCAGCUGGGCGUCCGCGGCGGCGCCGGCCGCGGCCGCCGUGGAGGACUUCCGCAAGUACCGCGGCGUGCGACAGCGGCCGUGGGGGAAGUUCGCGGCGGAGAUCCGCGACCCGAAGAGGCGCGGGUCGCGCGUGUGGCUGGGCACGUACGACACCCCCGUGGAGGCCGCGCGCGCGUACGACCGCGCCGCCUUCCGCAUGCGCGGUGCCAAGGCCAUCCUCAACUUCCCCAACGAGGUCGGCACCCGCGGCGCCGAACUGUGGGCUCCUCCCCCGCCGCCACCCGCGCACUCCGCCGCCGCCUCGACGACGAACAAGCGGAAGCGGCAGCCGUCGGAGGACCCCGACGACGGCGUCGAGGUGAUCGGAGUGGUAAGCAAGGCCGUCAAGACCGAGGCGCCGACGUCCAACUCGUCGUCACUGUCGUCGUCCCUGACGUCGCGGGACACGACGCCGGCCACGUCGUCGGCGGGGGCGGAGCACGCCGGCGCGGCCGCCGAGAGUUCGCCGGCGACGCCGUCGAGCUGGAGCUGGGAGCAGUACUGGGAAGCGCUGCUCGGUGGCCUCCCGCCACUGUCGCCUCUGUCGCCGCACCCGGCGUUGGGGUUCCCUCAGCUCACCGUUAACUGAGAAAAUUAAACAAUGAUUAGCUGACGUGGGCACAGAAAUAAUGCGUUUUUUUCCCGUUGUUAACGACGUCAUGUGUACAUUGGAACUUUUUUUGGGAGCUUAACAGAAGGGGCGUAUAGACAAACAUCAGAAAGUGGUAGUCGUGUUUACUUUUUUUUUUCUUUCGAGUUGAGAACCUUGAGAUCAAUCGAUGCUUGUAAAGAAUAAGCAGAGGGUGCUGUUUGGCAUUUGAUAUGACAAUGUAAACAAAUAGUACAAGUUACUUUGUUUACUGAGA